CCUACCGACUCCACCCUGGAGCGCUUGGGCAGCGACCGUUAGGGCCCAGUGCCUGGCCGGCGCCUCGCCUCCCAGGCCACAGCCCGCGCAGCCGCGCGCCUGCCAACAGCUGCGGGCGAAACCCCGGCCGAGCUACACGAUGGCUUACUCGGAGGAGCCAGGGGGCAUCCACUUGGGUUUCAUCCGGCAGAAUUCAGGCAGCUCCAUUUCCUUGGACUUUGAGCCCAACGCCGAGUACCGGUUUGUGGAGCAGCUGGAGGAGCGCUACAAAUGUGCCUUCUGCCACUCGGUGUUGCACAACCCCCACCAGACGGGUUGUGGCCACCGCUUCUGCCAGCACUGCAUCCUGUCCCUGAGAGAACUGAACACAGUGCCGAUCUGCCCUGUGGAUAAGGAGGUGAUCCGAUCUCAGGAGGUGUUUAAGGACAAUUGCUGCAAAAGGGAAGUCCUCAACUUACACGUAUAUUGCAAAAAUGCUCCCGGAUGCAACGCCAAGGUUAUUCUGGGACGAUACCAGGAGCACCUCCAGCAGUGCCUGUUCCAGGUUGUGCAGUGUUCCCAUGACAGCUGUCAGGAGCCAGUGCUGCGGAGAGAUCUGAACGAGCAUCUGAGUGCCUACUGCCAGUUUCGAGAGGAAAAAUGCCUGUAUUGCAAAAAGGAUGUGGUGGUCAUGGAUCUUCAGAAUCACGAGGAAAACUUGUGUCCUGAGUACCCGGUGUCGUGUCCCAACAAGUGUUUGCAGAUUAUUCCAAGAACCGAGGUGAACCGCCACCUGGCUGUGUGCCCCGAGGCCGAGCAAGACUGUCCUUUUAAGCAGUAUGGCUGCACUGUGAAGGAGAAGCGGGGCAGCUUGCAGGAGCAUGAGCACUCGGCCUUACGGGAGCACAUGCUUCUGGUGUUGGAAAAGAACUUCCGGCUGGAAGAGCAGAUUUCUGACUUAUGUAAGAGCCUAGAGCAGAAAGAAAGUAAAAUCCAGCAGCUAGCAGAGACUGUGAAGAAAUUUGAAAAGGAGUUUAAGCAGUUUGCACAGUUGUUUGGUAAAAACGGAAGCUUCCUCUCCAACAUCCAGGUCCUUGCUAGUCACAUGGAUAAGUCCGCUUGGCUAGAAGCUCAGGUGCGGCAGCUAUUACAGAUGGUUAACCAGCAACAAAAUAAAUUUGACCUGAGACCUUUGGUGGAAGCCAUUGAUACAGUGAAACAGAAAAUAACCCUGCUGGAAACCAACGAUCAGAGAUUAGUUGUUUUAGAAGGGGAGACUAGCAAACACGAUGCCCACAUCAAUAUCCACAAAGCACAGCUGAAUAAAAAUGAAGAGCGAUUUAAGCUGCUAGAGGGUGCCUGCUACAAUGGAAAGCUCAUCUGGAAGGUGACCGAUUACAAGAUGAAGAAGAAGGAGGCGGUGGACGGGCACACUGUGUCCAUCUUCAGCCAGCCCUUCUACACCAGCCGCUGCGGCUACCGGCUCUGUGCCAGAGCAUACCUGAAUGGGGACGGGUCCGGGAAGGGGACGCACCUGUCCCUGUACUUUGUGGUGAUGCGAGGGGAGUUUGACUCGCUGCUGCAGUGGCCAUUCAGGCAGAGGGUGACCUUGAUGCUGCUGGACCAGAGUGGCAAAAGAAACCACAUUAUGGAGACCUUCAAGGCUGACCCCAACAGCAGCAGCUUUAAAAGACCCGACGGGGAGAUGAACAUUGCCUCUGGGUGUCCCCGCUUUGUGGCUCAUUCCACUUUGGAGAAUGCCAAGAACACCUACAUCAAAGAGGACACCUUGUUCUUGAAAGUGGCCGUGGACCUCACUGACCUGGAGGACCUCUAGUCCCUGUCCGUGGGGCGGUAAGGGGGCCUCUUGCAUCCAGAACCAUGGAGGAGGACUUACUGGAUUGUCAUGUCAGUCUGGCUUUAGGCUCAGUGCACAUUUGGAUUUGGCUUUUUGCCCUUAGUGUUGGAAAUCGAUUUAAAACUCCGGAAGUGCUGUUUUCUACUAACAUUUUCCUCUGCUCCGGUUUGGAAUUUAACUCUUGGUAUCUUGUUAUUUAUAUUUUUAUAUCUCAUGAAAAAUGGUAAGUUUUUGGAAAGCAAGUAGAACCUCUCUCUUUGGUGCUUGGUGCGGUGUCUCAGGUGCUGUGUAAGACUGAAUGUUCUUGAGGACACAGGUGUUAGACUUCCCGACUGAAAAACGCUCCGGUAUUGUGUUGUUUGGCCUGUUGAUUGCAGCUGCCCUAAGUCAUCGUUUGGAAGGUAGGCUGUUCCAGUUAAGUAGUGAGUGAUAUAGUCACAAAGACAGUUUGCCCAGUUUGGGCCAGAUUUUUCAGUCAGAUGCUAAAUGUGUGGAGAUUACUAUGCCUCUAAAUAUUUUCAUGAACUUCGACAGCAGUCUGCAAGCACAAUUUUGCAAGGUUGCUUAAGAACUGGUGAAUAGGGUAAGCAUUUUCAUUUUCCCUGCUGAAGGAAAGCAGGAAGUACUACGGAGGAGAGAGAGAGAGAGAGAGAGAGAUCGAGAGAGAGAGAGAGAGAGAUCUAUUUCUAUAGAGAGAGCGCGCCAGCAAAUGGCAGUUCAGAUUUUACUAGGUUCAGGCAUGUGAAAAAACAGCCUAUAAAAAAACUUUCUUAGGUCGGCAGUGGUCAGGUAUUAGCAGUUCCGUAAGACUUAACCAAACAAAUACACGUAUGUACCUGUACACAAGCGGUUUGAAGGUAUUUUAGUAAUAACAGUAAAUUAAGAGGAGUAUGAGAAGAAGUUAGCCUAUGAUACAGAUGUUAUACACAGAUAAAGGGAAGUUAAAACCUAGGGAGAGAACCAGUACAGUUUCCUAGAGGUGUCUCAAGUACUCCCAUUCCAAAACUGACUGCUAUAAGCAGUAACUCUUAUUUUUUUUUUUUACGCUUUAUUUAAAGAUUUUAUUUAUUUAUUUGACAGGUAGAGUUACGGACAGUGAGAGAGACAGAGAGAAAGGUCUUCCUUCUGCUGGUUCACUCCCCAAAUAGCUGCAACAGCUGGAGCUGGGCUGAUCCAAAGCCAGGAGCCAGGUGCUUCUCCUGGUCUCCCAUGCGGGUACAGGGCCCAAGCAUUUGGGCCAUCCUCCACUGCCUUCCCAGGCCACAGCAGAGAGCUGGACUGGAAGAGGAGCAGCUGGGAGUAGAACCCGGCACCCACAUGGGAUGCCGGCGCCGCAGGUGGAGGAUUAUCCUAGUGUGCCAUGGCACCGGCCCCCACUCUUCUAAUUUUUUUGAGAGAUGUUUUGAAUUGGCAAAUUGAUAUGAAAAUGUGCACUUGUGAAGUUUGUUGCCAGAGUCCAGGACAGAAAUGUUCACGUUCUAUUCAUCUGUCUGGGUGGGUCUGAGGGCGUGUAUACAAAUCAAGAGGAGUCCUUAAGACUCUGAGGAGCCUGAGCUGAGUGAAAAAAACAGCAACUUCCCUUGAGACCCUGUGCACGGUAAUGCCAUCUACUGCUGUUCAUAUGUGGCCUGGCUCCCUUGAACGUGCAAAGACAAGCCACAGGUGGUCCAAGGGCCAUGGCAGAGCAGCUCCCUGGGGUCAUGACCUUGCAUUUUAUAAUUUCUAACCCUAUCAGAAAAAGCAUGAGAUGUGUGAACAUGCUGGGAAUGGCAGCAGGCUUCCUAAUCUCCUCUGCAGACUUUGCAGGAUGUUAAAGACUCCAACUUCAAGAAUCAUCCCAAGGAUUAAGUUCAAAGAAAUAGUGCACAAUAGAAACACACUAAAAACUGCACUGUAGCUGCUGGGGGACCCUGGUAUACUCUGGUGGUCAACAUGUCACUGCACACAAACUCACGAAGCAUUGCUCCGACCCCCCAUGGCCAUGUCCAGGGGGUUCUGUGUGUUUUGUUUCUAGCCACGUCCAGGAUCACUCUUUGGGUUCUCCAGGAACAGAAGGUUGUGUUGUUGUAAUGAGUUUUAAGUUGUUGAUGUGAAAAAAUUUUGAAAUGAGUUUGUCAAAAUGCUGGCUUUGUGUUUUAACCAACUUGGCACAUACACAGUGUGUCAUGGCGUGGUUGGCUUAGGAGUGCUGAGUCUCUUCAUCACUGAAAUAGUGAUUAAGUGAGCACAGGCUUUCUAGAGUAGACUCAUUCCUUUUUCACAAAAUAAGAGUUCUGAUUUUUGUUUUUUUAAAAAAGUGAAUCCAUGUAAACUGUUUUUUCUCUUUCAUGAUCUGAAGUUAUUUUUAUUCUGCAUCAGUAAGAUUUAAUUUCUAUUUUGGUUUAAGUGGGAAAAUAAAAUACAUUAGGUACAGGGGGAGUUAAUAUCCAUGAGAAAGGUAUGUAAGGGUUAUGUGGAUACAGUAUGUCUUUACACACACACACACACACACACACAGUAGUGAAUAUUUAUAGGUCUGGAUUCUGAUCUCUGAUCUCCAAAUUUGACAUUCUGAGAAAAACAAGUCAUAGCCAAGAUGAAUUCACAAUGCCAAGUCCUAAAUGUAAACAGAAAAGCAGGGCACAAACCCUUCACAUUGUCCCUGGACAAUCAUCGCACCCAGGCUUCCUCUUUCCUCUUAAAAAGUGGCUGGAGAGGUGGGUGUUGUGGUGCAGUGAGUUAAGCUCUAGCUUGGGACACCUGCAUCCCAUAUCAGAGUGCCCAUGGGAGCCCUGGCCAUUAUGCUUCUGAUCCAGCUUCCUGCUAAUGUACUUGGAAAGGCAGCAGAUGAUGCCCAAAGCACUUGGGCCCUGCCACUGGUGUGGGAGAUCUGGAUGGAGUUUUGGGCUCCUGGCUUCAGUCCAGCUGUUGUGGGCAUUUGGAGAGUUGAUUGAAUCUGCAUGUGGAAAACUGGUGUGUGUGUGUGUGACUCUGCCUUUCAAAUAAAUACAUCUUUUUUAAAAAUAAAGAACUUGACAAAACUCUUGGGAAAAAA